AUGGAAACGGCGACAGCCGAACUAAGUGCCGCUCUGCUGAUGUCGCCUCCGCAUGCGGAGGUGACAUUCGUAUCCGAGCUGUCGUCCAAGCCAGCUCAGAAGUUGUCAAAGUACAGCUGGUAUGGAAACGCAAGGUUGCAUAGGUUUCAUAUACCAGAGGAGACUGCCAUCGCCCGCUGGCUCUUCACAGUAACCAAGGGUCACAGCUUUUCCUGCACAGAGCGGAAUGUCUCAAUCCAUAUGCGACAGGGUGCUCCUCCGGUCAUAAACCCGACUGGCACAGUGUUUCCAAACAUGACCGUGUGGAGUCACUGUCACUCCCUGACCGUCCCAGUGAGCGCACUCAGCGCAGUAACAUUUAACCUCUCAAAUCCUGCACCCGGGGACUGGUUUGUUGCCACCCACUUGCCUGAAGAUGAUGGGCGCAUUGAGCAAAAGGGCUUCCCAUCUUGCUACUACCUUUUCCAGCCUCAGCUCUCCAUCAGGAGGGCCGUUGACACACCCAUUAUACAGCCGGGAAUGUUGCUCCAACAGACUGCUGCGCCUAAGAACCCUGCACGCCUUAAGUUGUAUGUUCCACAGUUUGCAUCGUCUCUUUCCGUGUCUGUGGAAGAUUGUUCCUCAAUGGAGGGUCCAAGAAGGAGCAAGUGUUCUGUGGCUCUCAGCCUUGGCUCAGACUCUCUUCAGGAUCGUCCGAAAAAAGUAAACUGCUUUGGGACUCGCUGUUCUGCUUUUCUCAGCAACCCGCCUUGGGAUACCUGGUUACGUGUUGUGGUGGAAAGCAUUCAAGACAACCAAACAGUGACCUUUAGCAUUAUCUCAAACUACACAGUGGGCUGUAAGCCAAAAAGCGUAGGCCUGGAAGUUGAUAAAGGCAGCAACAGCAGCAAUACCAACUCUCCAUUAACACGCAACAGCGCUACGACAAUAAAGACUACCGCCUUCAACAGUGAUUCAGGAUCACCGGUUUUGUUGUCUUCUGCGUGUGUAUGGAACAUCCCUGUGCUCUUUGAGGAGACAGACAUUCUCUCACUCCGCUUCACUCCAGUGAAUGGACCCAACGUCAGUGUCAGAGCAGCACACCCCACGCUUCUUACAUACCCUCUGCCUGCACAAGUCACCGGUGGGACACUCAACCUGCAGCUUACACUCAACACUACUAAUAUAACAUUGGGGAACAGCAGCACAGUGGUGGCCUGUCUCUCUCCCCGAGCACCAGUCCUUCAACUCAACGGAUCCCUACCAUGCCGCACAGCUUUGUUUGGAGGGUAUGGCGUUAAUGUGAACACCAGCUUUCCCAAAGCCGCAGUCCGGCUGCCCUUCCCGCAGUCGGCAACAUGGUACCUCACUUUGCAACUAAUGUGCAACAGCAGUGACUGCGGCAAUAUGUCUGCAGUGUCCGUGGAACCGGAGGUUUUUGUCAGCGCCUGUGUCGAGGACUGUGGCGCAUUUGGUGAAUGUAGACUGCUCAGGUCCUACACCUUCCUGUAUGCUGCAUGUGUGUGCAAGGCUGGUUGGAGGGGUUGGGGCUGCACCGAUGACUCGACAGCACAGCCUCUCACCCGCCAGUUCGCAGCUACUCUCUUGCUAACCCUCAGUAACCUCAGCUUCCUGCCUGCAAUAGUGGUUGCCAUCAAACGCUUCUAUAUCACAGAAGCGUCAGUCUACCUCUUUACCAUGUUCUUUUCUACGUUUUACCAUGCCUGUGACCAGCCAGGUAAAGUCGUGCUGUGCAUCAUGAGCUAUGACACUCUCCAGUACUGUGACUUCCUCGGGUCUAUUUGUUCCAUAUGGGUCACAAUUUUGUGCAUGGCUCGUGUCAGCAACAUAGUGAAAUAUACUCUCUUUCUUCUUGGGACUCUGCUUAUUGCCAUGUCACUGCAGCUGGACCGCAGAGGACUUUGGAACCUGCUGGGCCCCAUCCUCUCUGCAUUACUUUUCAUGGUGGCCAUUUGGGUAUGCCGUGGAGUUCAGCGACGCCAUUGUUACCCACCGUCCUGGCAGAGAUGGGUAUUCUACCUUCUCCCUGGAACGCUGUGUGCCUUCAUCGGGAUGUGUUUGUACAUUUUUGCCGAGACGGAAGACAACUACUACUACACGCAUUCAAUUUGGCACAUCCUCGUGGCCACCUGCGUGGUCUUCCUGCUACCACCGCGCGAAAGGAGCCUGGCUGCCGUCAACUGGACCAUGGGAUGGCGAAAGGAUUGGAAAUGGACGUGCCGCUGGACACCUCGCAUCUGUGGCUAUACGCUGUGCCCAAGCAGCAAAGAUGAGCUCAACACUGUCACUUAA